AUGGCUAAGUCAACCCGCCACGCAUCUUCAUCCCAGGAUGGACCUUCGCACGUAAGGCAAGGAGCAGAGCUACAAGGUAGCGAGCAGUUGGACGAUGGCUCACAGGAGAGUAAGGGCCUUAGGCGGAAGAAGAAGGUGGUGCUCAUUAUUUCUGAUGACGAGGAAGUAGAUGAAGAGGGGCUUGGUGACGGUUCAAUCGAUGAUGUGCCUACCUACGGCCGCCCUGAAGAUAUGCCCUCGCACAUUCCACUAGGCGCACCGCUUCAGGUGCGCUACACUGCUCAGGACAUCGCCCCUGGUUUUAUGAAAGCCGUCAUGGCGUGCACUACAGACGUUAGCUUUGUGCGUUGGUAUUGUGACAUCGCAGAAGGGGUAGGAUGUUCUCACAAAUGCCAUUCUAACGCUAACCCUUUACAGUGUACCCAGUGUGCACAAAAAGAUAUUAAAUGCAGAUACCCUAUUUCUGAAAAUUCUUCUCAACGUGAAUUGCGAUGCAUUCCAUGCGGGAAGGGUCGUGUUAUGGAUUGUAGCUGGUCCCAGGACCUGAGGCAGGCUUAUUUACGCGAGGCCUACCAACUAGACGUCGGAGAGGCGCGUGUUUUAGCAUCGUCGACAGAUGAUGAUCCCCAGGCCACUUUGGCCGCUUACUACCAGGUGUGGCGUACGGAUCCCGCCACACAUAUAUUGGAUGACAACGUUCGAUUAUCCCUGAGGAAAGUUCAGCGUAAUAUGGGACCCGGACGUGUCACCAGGAGCAAACUCAUCGGCACAAGUCCUACCCCCCCUCCGCCGCCGCCAUCCACACCAGCAUCUACCAGACCUAAGCUUAAGGGCUCAUCCCAUACCCGUAAUGACCUAGCCACCCCUCACCGACACACAGGCUCUGCUGCAUCUGCAGGCCCUCUGCCAUCGCAUAUGCACAGAAACUCCUCCGAUGUCGCUAGCUCGGAUCGGUUGACCCCACCCCUCUCGACUACAGGCCCUCUCCUUCCCGCAACGCCUACCGCAUCUGCAGGCCCUUUGCGAUUGCAGGUACGCGACAGUUCCAUAACGGCUACCAGCAGUCGGGUGAACACUGAGCGCGCCGUUUCUCAUUACAAUGUGGGCGGUAGGCUCCCGAAUACUACCCACGCACUUGCGGAUGCUCAGGUCGAUAGCACACAUGCAGAGGUAUCGCCAGCUACUGACAUUCUCAGCACCAGACGGCCCGUCCUUCCCCACCUUUCCGACCUUCCGGGCGAAGCAGCACAAGGCCUGGAUCAAUUUCUCAAAUCCGUGCUGGGUUCGACCUCUUCUACCAACAAAUCUCUGCAGGAGAAAAUCUUUACGCUGGAAGCGGAGUUACAGCAAGUGAAGUCAGAGUUAGAGGCAGAAAAAGCGUUACGUCUUACCCACACCUUGGAUGGGGACAAGACCAUAGCGGAUCAGCACAAGACCAUCGCUGAACGGGACAAGAUCAUAGCAGACCAGCAAAGGACGAUAGCUAACCUUAGCCGCAACGUCGCUAAGAUGGACGUCUGCUCGCAGGCAGCGCGACGUUUGAUAUCUGGUCAGCUAAAUCCUCCCAGUGGCAUGUUGGUCGCCGAUGCAGCCCCUUCCCCCGGUGGCCAAUACAAGGUCACCACUACCGACGUGAAGGACUUUUUGCUCACGCUCCUGCCGACAAUAUCAUCCCGUGCUGACCGUGAAGGUCGCUGGUGGGUCGAGCAUCUCUGCAGCCUAGUACAAGGUACUUCACCCCCCAUCAAAGGCAAGCGCUCUGUGGGUGAAAUUUCUGGAAGUGCUGAGGGGAGCGACAAAAAGUCACAAGCUAAGCGCAGAAAGCAGGCUCCAUAG